AUGGGCUUGCUAUUCAAUAGACUAGAGGUGGUACAUCAUAUGGCUACUCUCUUCCAUAGGGUGAUUGGAUUUUCUCCUACUGACACCACAAAGAGUGAAUAUUGUGCAAUCACCAACUUUUCACAAGAUUUACAAAUUAUUACAUUAAAGUUACAUCAAGAUGAAUAUACUGUUAUCUAUAAAUCUAAACAUCCAGAAGAGACCAUUGAUUUCAAAUACAACGAUUUUUUCAAACAUGUUGUUCUUCCAAUUGAUACCAAAGAUGUUGAUUCAAUGUAUGUAAAUUAUAAAGGUGAUUAUAGUAAAACAUUUCUUGCACAUUUAUAUGGCAGGUUGGGAUUUAAUUCUGAUGAAGGUUUAAUAUCAGAUGCUAUAAUUCCUAAAGUUCAAAAAUUUCUUGAUGAAAAAUUCUUUCCACAGGCCAAUGCAUAUCGUCAAAGGGGUAUUAAACCAAGAAUGAAUGAUAAGGAUUUAGAUUUUUUUGUUCAAACUUAUGUUAGACCAAGAAUUUGUAAUGAAGUUAUGUUUCCAAAAAAUAUAAGAGGUUCAUUUGUUAGAGUUGAGGUUAAUAAUCAAAAGAGGGAAGAGAAUAGAAGAAAAAAAAAUGCAAUAAUAGAACGAAAGAAAAGAGAAAAAGAAGCACUAAAGAGAGAUACUAUCGGUCUUGAUGAUUAUUACCCGUUAUGGAAUCCCAAACCACUUUCUUAG